AUGAGCACGGUCGUCCAACGCGUUGCCUCACGUCGUGAACUUGGAUCUAUCAUGGAUUUGGGAGCAGGUCAAGGCUAUCUGUCAAGGACGCUUGCCUUUCAACACAAGCUUCAUGUACUUGCCGUCGAUGGAUCAGAAGUACAAACCUGCGGUGCUAAAUGGUUCGAUCAACGUGCAUUACGAUCACGACCCUCGGAUGGUGAGCUGAACCAUGUUACAGAUAUGGUGACGCCCGAGAACGUAUCUACCCUAUUGGCAAGAUGGAGUAAACAGCAAGAGGACGAGAAAUGGCUCGUGUGUGGUUUACACGCCUGUGGCGAUCUGUCAAGCUUAAUGUUGCGGUUAUUUAUCAAAAGUAAUGCCAUCACAUCCCUUGUCAAUGUCGGUUGUUGCUACCAUUUUUUGACGGAAGAACAUCAACCGCGCAACAACGAGUCACCAUCUUCAUCGAUACCAGCAGGGUUCCCGCUAUCUGGAUUCGUCAAGGAUCAAUUGGAUUAUCGUAUGGGAUCGAUAGCACACAUGUUGGCAUGUCAAACCCCAUCACGGUGGUCAGAUAAACAGGAGGAAACAUUAAAGUCUUUUGAACAUCAUUUUUUCCGAGCAUUGCUACAGUAUAUCAUGGUGGAGAAAGGCCUUGCCCACGUGGACAAACCACCGAUUAUUGGCAGGUUGAACAAAAAGAAGGAUUUUGUGUCAUUCCCGGUGUACGUUCAAGCAGCAUUAAAGCGUCUGCAGAUGCCUCAAGAUGCAAUUUCGAUCGAAGAAGCAGAAGCAUAUUAUGCAGAAUUUAAGACUACCAGACAAAUGGAUAAACAGAUUGCCAUUUUGUGGACCGUUCGAGCAUUGCUUGCACCGUUAUUAGAAAGCAUUGUUUUGGCAGAUCGAUGGCUGUAUCUCAAAGAACAGCUGGCUGAUAUACCCGAUUCGGAAACAAAGGGUGUCUGGAUGUGGCCACUAUUCGAUCCCAUCACAUCACCUAGAAACAUGGUUAUUGUAGCUUCAAAAUAG